AAACAUGCGCGCAUUUUCUGUUGUUCGGUCCAUGGAAUCAUCCACGUGCAAAAACCAGUCCUCUCCUUCUCCUCCCACCAUCCCAAGGCUCGCACUUGCGAUUUCGACCACCGCCAUCUUCACUCUAUUCCCAAUUGCGCAACCAUGCGCGGCCUCAUCAGGAUUCGACCCCUCGCCAUCUUACACCGAGUUCAUCAAGACCUCGUGCGGGUUCACCAUCUAUCCGGACGUAUGUUACCAAACGCUCUCCCCCUACGCGAGCACCAUCCAAACGAGCCCUAAGGAGAUGGCCAAUGCGGCUCUACUGGUGACACUCGACGGCGCGCUAUCCGCUUCUAACAUGGUGUCCAGGUUGUCAAACGCCGGGGGCCUGAGCAAGAGGGAAGCGAGGGCAGUGAUUGACUGCGUCGAGACCAUGAGCGACUCGGUCGACGAGAUCCGCCAGUCGUUGGUCGCGAUGAAGGCUCUCGAUGGCCCUGAAUUUGAGACCAACAUGAGCGAUAUACGGACUUGGGUGAGUGCUGCCUUGACCGACGAGGACACUUGCAUGGAUGGAUUUCAAGAGCGGGGGAUUAGUAACAAUAAGAAAGUCGAAGGGCCAAUUAGAAGCAGCAUCGUGAGGGUGGCUCAGUUAACUAGCAAUGCUUUGGCUCUUAUUAAUAGACUCCAAUAGCCUAAUCUAAUUGCCCCUCUCUCUGGUCGUAAGUCGAAUUCAGUCGCCAUGUUCUCUAGUGUGUCGUUACAUAUCGUCCGAGUAGAAAUUUGUGAUAUUUUUCUAAUUGGCCCAAACGAUAUGGCCUAAAGAAGAUUAUUAAUUGUAAAUAUUUCAUCUUGCUCUCACGGUAUACCAAGA